UCGACGCCAGCCAGCCAGGCUCCUCAACCCCCCUACUCCAACCAGCGCCGCCGCCAUCGCCGCUCCCCUCUCGACGAAUCGUCCCCUGCCGUCCGUCCGUCCGUCCGGCAGCGAUCUUCGGGUUUGAGGUUGUAUAAUACUGAGGCUCAGUUGUUUACAUCUGGUCAGAGGAGUUUCUAUUUGUAACUUGACUACACUGUCCAAUGGGUUCCAAGAGUGAUUUUCUUCUGAUCACGUACUCUCCGGAGAUAAAAGAUGGCGUGCCAUUGUACGUGUCAUCUAAUUGCCUUCCUGUAAAAGCUUGCAAAAAAGAACCUGCUGGUCAUUCAUUCCAUGCUGUGGCAUUGAAGCUCCGUGGUCUUGGCGAGAAAGAAGAGGCUGAAACUGAUGACCGUAGUGUGUCAUCAGAUGACAAGAGCCAAGAUUUUUCUGCUGGCUCGGAUAACUUCAGCAGCAAAGGAAAGAAGAAGUCUGGUUCUGGAAGUAACCAACAAGAUCACUAUGCUUUGCUUGGGUUGGGCAACAUGCGGUUCUUGGCCACUGAAGAUCAGAUCCGUAAGAGUUACCGUGACAUGGCUCUUAAGCAUCAUCCAGAUAAACAGGCUGCUCUGCUUCUUCAUGAGACAACAGAAGCAGGAAAGCAAGCAAAGAAGGAUGAGAUAGAGAGCCAUUUCAAGGCCAUUCAGGAAGCUUAUGAGGUCCUCAUGGAUCCUACAAAGAGAAGAAUUUUUGACUCUACUGAUGAGUUUGAUGAUGAUAUCCCAACAGACUGUGCCCCACAGGACUUCUUCAAGGUUUUUGGCCCAGCCUUCAUGAGAAAUGGCCGAUGGUCUGUUACGCAGCCGAUUCCUUCUCUGGGAGAUGAUGCUACUCCUGUAGUAGAUGUUGAUCAGUUCUACAAUUUCUGGUAUAACUUCAAGAGUUGGAGGGAAUUUCCACAUGAAGAUGAGUAUGACCUGGAGCAAGCUGAGUCCCGUGAACAUAAAAGAUGGAUGGAGAGGCAGAAUUCAAAGAUACAAGAGAAGGCCAAAAAGGUAGAGUAUACUCGAGUUCGGAAUCUUGUUGACAAUGCUUACCGGAAGGAUCCAAGAAUCCAGAGGAGAAAGGAGGAGGAGAAGGCUGAGAAACAGAGGAGGAAGGAGGCAAAAUACAAGGCCAAGAAAAUGCAGGACGAGGAAGCUGCAAGGGCUGCAGAAGAGGAAAGGAAAAGGAAAGAAGAGGAGGCGAAGAUAGCUGCAGCAGCUGCUCUCAAUCAAAAGAAGCUUAAGGAAAAGGAGAAGAAGUUGCUACGCAAAGAGAAAGCUCGCCUGCGUGCUCUUGUAUCACCGGUAGUUGCAGAGAACCACUUCGGUCUGUCAGAUGAUGAUGUUGAAUCAGCAUGCACAUCACUUGAUAUGGAACAGCUGAAGAACCUGUGUGAUAGUAUGGAGGACAAGGAUACAGCCGAAAAGGCCAGGUUGCUGAGAGGUGCACUUAACAAAGAAGAAAGCUCCUCCAAUACCUCAAAAGAACAGAAAAUUCAUGCAAAUGGUGUGGCGGGUUCUACUCCAAAACCAACAGCCCCAAAAGUCAUUGCACUAAGCAACUAUGAGAAAAAAGAGAGGCCGUGGGGAAAGGAAGAGAUUGAAUUGCUUAGGAAAGCGAUACAGAAGUUUCCUAAGGGAACUUCCCGGAGAUGGGAGGUUGUUUCUGAUUUUAUUGGAACUAGUAGAUCUGUUGAAGAGAUUCUGAAGGCCACGAAAACUGUUCUUCUGCAGAAGCCAGACUCUUCUAAAGCUUUUGACUCAUUCCUUGAGAAACGCAAAGCAGCUCCAUCCAUUGUAUCGCCUCUCUCCACAAGAGACGACCCAGCUGCAGCUGCUGUGUCAACUCUGGGAGCUGGAACUGAAUCAUCCAAGACAGCUGCACAACCUACUGCCAGCAGCAGUCAGGCAGCUAAUGAGAAAACUGGUGCUGAUCCUGUUCCUGAUGAAGCACCUUCUGCAACACCUUCUGCAGCACCUUCUGCAGCAGAUCCAGAUGCCUGGUCAGAGCCUCAGGUGCUGGCCCUUGUUCAAGCUUUGAAGGCUUUUCCCAAGGAUGCAAACCAAAGAUGGGAGCGAGUGGCUGCUGCUGUCCCAGGUAAAACAGUGGUGCAGUGCAAGAAAAAGGUUAACUCGAUGAGGUCGAAUUUCCGGACCAAGAAAGGAGCAGAGUAGAACAAUCUGAGGCCACACAUAUUGCUUUUUGGAGAACCUACGGCAUCCUGACCUCUGGAUGGAGACAAGGAUUGUCAAGCCCCAGUUACCAGGAGUUGACGGGUCUGCUGGCUACUAAGCCAGCAAAGCCAACAAAGCUGCUCAUGAUGGAGGCAGCUGCUGAGAAGAGAUAGAAGAAGCUUAGAUGUCAGAGGCGUCUGAGCGAUUCGAAAUUUUUGAGUUACGGAACCCUUAAUAUUGUUGAGAUGUUCUCCUGCAUACUGUAUUGUUUACCGAUGCACCUGUUAUUGGUUAUGAAUUUUAUGCUGAUUAUAUUCUUGUCAAACUGCCAAGUUUAUGCUAGAAAGUAACUAAAUGCUGAGAUAUCUUGUGAUA